AGCCAGAGAAGCAGUGAUGAGUUUGCGCAGAAACUGAGUGAGACGGCGAGACAACAAUGUUUGACGAGGAAAUAAUUCAUCUGAAGCGAAUCUCACGCGUCCACUCUUAAAUCAUCAGUGUUACCAGUCAUAAUUUUAUCACCUGCCACACGCACAACCAUGGAAAGACUGACUUUAAUGACAAGGAGAAAAGGACCUAGUAAUGAUACUGAUACUGGCCAAAAUGAGAAUGCCCGUGGGGGUGGAAGUAGAAGACGAGGGGGUGCCCAAGGAGACAGAAGAAGAGCACAAAGUUAUGGUAGUAGUCAAAGUGAAAGGGAGGAAAGAAAUGAAGGAGGUGAAGGGCUGCGUGGGAGAGGCAGAGAAAGAACAGCAGCAGGAAGAGGAAGAGGUGCUGCAACCGGAGGAGGUGAAGUGGUACUAGGGAGAGGCAGGGGAAGAGGAGCUACAGAGGUGGGUCGCAAUAUGGAAAGAGGAGGCAGACAAAGAAGUGCUGGAAGAGGUAGAAAUGGAGGGGAAGGUGCAGAGAGACAGAGAUUUGAAGUAGAAAGAAAUAGAGAAGCAGGUCCAGUUGUGAGACAAGGAGCAAGAAUGGGGAUGGCAAAAACUGGUGCAAGGAGAGAAGGACAUGUAGACAGAGGAGAAAAUAGGAUGGGUGAAAGAAGAGAUGUUGAGGGAGACAGAUCAGAUAGAAAUGGAAGGAGUUCAAAUUCCUCCAGUACAGCUAGGGCACCACAGGGCAGAGGACUGGGCUUUAAAGCCCUGGAAGAACUCUCUGAAAAAGACCCAUCUGUAGUGGCCAUUACCAUCUCCUCACACCCUUCGUUAAACAAUGUCCUCAGUGAGACCAAAAUGAGGCAGGAUCUUAUUGAGCUCAUUUGUCUGGUGCUGAGUAAAGCCUUUAAAUCAAGGACAGACAGAGGCACUCUGCAGCACCUGGCUGGCAUCAUAAAAGAUUCAGGGUUCUUUCGCACCGCUCUACCCCACUAUUUGGUGGGGAUGUUGUCAGAGUCCAACCCUGUUCGCAGAGCGCAAUACCCACGGCAUCUGGAAAACAUCCUUGCCAUUCUCUCAGAGGUGCUUAGCAUCUUCCCUGCUAGCUCUGUCCAGGCAGUCAGUUUGUUACUGACACUGCUCCAAGGCUCCGUUAACAGCCUGAGGGCAUCAGGUGUGGACAUUAAGCCUGAAAUUGAGGAACGUAUGGAGAGUCUUCAAGACCUGAUCAGACACCUCCAGGAAAGAGCGAGGGAGGGGACUCUGCGCUCAGACAGGGACACAUAUGCACUCCUGCCCUCUGGUGGUGGUAACCCAGAUGAAGAAGAUCAGCAGGAUUUCAGGGCCAUACCGAUCUACCCAAAUCCACAGGAGUUCCGGGAGGAGCAUAGGCCAUUCCUGAGACCCAACCUUACUUCUCAGCGUUACACAAACACGCACCUUUACCUUGAUACACACUUCCGGCUGCUCAGAGAGGACUUUGUGCGACCACUGCGUGAGGGAAUUCAGCAGUUGCUCCAGAACCAAAUGGAUAUGGGAAGGACUGAUAACCCACUGAGGACAAAGCGCUUUGAUGAUAUUAGAAUAUAUUUUGACACACGACUAGUGGUGCCCAAGUGCACCCAGACUGGCAUUGCCUACGUAGUCCAGUUUGACAUUCAGCCACUUAAGUUUGUACGCUGGCAGAACUCCAAGAGGCUGCUUUAUGGCUCCCUGGUGUGCCUGUCAUGUGACAACUUUGAGAGCUUCCUGUUUGCCACAGUGUCAGAUCGUGACCCUGUAGACCUGCAGAACGGACGGGUCCAGAUUACCUUUACAGAGGAGAGCAGAUUCAAGUUGGCAAGAAUUCAGAAGGAUCAGCUGUUUUUGAUGGUCGAGACCACUGCCUACUUUGAGGCCUAUCGGUAUGUUCUAGAGGGCCUACAGGAGCAGGAGGAGGACAAUCUGCCCUUUCAAAAGUACAUUGUGGAUUGCAGCACAGAUGUGCAGCCUCCAGCUUAUCUACAAAGAAAUGAUACUUAUGACCUGUCAUCCGUUGCUGACCCUGACUACAAGGCCACCAUGAAGCCCUUUCACAGCCUGAAGGCAGAAGCCUGGCCAAGGAUGGAGGCACUGGGGCUGGAUGAGUCUCAGAUAAGAGCCUUCAACCUGGCCCUCACAAAAGAGCUGGCCAUCAUACAAGGGCCUCCAGGCACUGGAAAAACCUACGUUGGCCUAAAAAUUGCUCAGGCACUCUUGACCAACCAGGCACUCUGGGGAGAACAGGGCACAGCUCCGAUGCUGGUUGUGUGUUACACCAACCAUGCCCUGGAUCAGUUCCUUGAAGGUAUCCAUAAAUUUUUAAACGAAGGCAUAGUGAGAGUUGGAGGUCGCAGCAACAGUGAGAUCCUGAAGCGUUUCAAUAUGAGGGAGCUGACCCAUUCGCCUAACUUCAAACGUACACUGCCAGGUCAUCUGCGUGAUGCACACAAUCAGGUUUACAGACAGCUGUGUGAAGAGGAGAGGGAAAUCCAAGAACAGAGUAUGAGGUUGGAAUGUUCUCUGAAAGGUGUGGUGAAGGAAAGAUUCUUACAGAGGUUCAUUUCAAGCACACACUGGGACAGCCUGCAUCUACCCCCUACAAAGGAUGAAUUUCAGGCACAGAGGGAGAAGAAGCCCAGCCUGAUGAUGGAGUGGUUGGGUUUGGGUUCCACUGUCUUCCUGCAGAGGGAGACAGAGAAUGCAAAUGGAAAUGAAGAUCUAGCAGAAGAAGAACCAAUGGAGGUGGAAGAAGAGGACCUCAUUGAAAUCGCAGAGGAGGCAGAGCUGAUCCAGGCAGAGCGGAUUAUUGAUGACAACUUUGGCCCCAGAGCCAGUAAAGAUGGCAGAAAGAGGGGCGAAAUGGAGGGAGCUGUUAAAGCAAUGGAAGAACUGAUGCUUGCUAUGAAUCUGGAUAAAGCUGAAAUACAGGCUGAGCAGAGUGAGGAAGGAUUUGAGCUCCAACGGGCCCAAAAGAAAAAGAUGAAGAAAAAAAUUAAAAAAGAACUUGGGAAGAGCUCAGCAAUGACUGAAGAAGAGGAAGCUACUGUGUUUGAUGUUUGGACCCUUAGUCAGCAAGACAGAUGGAAACUCUAUCGGUUGUGGGUGGCACGCUACAGGAUGGAGCUUUACGAAAGAGCCCUACAGUCUGAACAAGCCUAUCAGAACGCAGUGGACAGAUUGGCUGAUGUAAAACGGCAUGAAACUCUCUGUCUCCUCAAGAAAGCCACGGUUAUUGGUAUGACAACAACAGGAGCAGCGAAGCACCGGAAAGCUCUGCAGGAAGUGCGUCCACGUCUGGUGAUUGUAGAAGAAGCUGCAGAGGUUCUUGAGGCCCACACCAUCACCACGCUGAGCCAAGCAUGCCAGCACCUCAUCCUUAUUGGAGACCACCAACAACUGCGUCCCAGUGCCACAGUGUAUGAACUUGCUAAAAACUUCAACCUGGAGAUGUCCAUGUUUGAGAGACUAGUGAACAUGGGGCUGCCUUUUGUCAGACUGGAUUACCAGCAUCGUAUGAGGCCAGAAAUUGCCCGCCUUCUGACCCCACACAUCUACAAAGAGUUAGAAAACCAUCCCUCUGUGUUGGACUAUGAAAACAUCAAGGGCCUUAAGACCAAUUUAUUCUUUGUGGAGCACAACCACUUGGAAGAAGAAAUCAGAGAUGGAAGAAGCCAUCAGAACCGUCAUGAGGCAAUGUUUGUUGUAGCUCUCUGUCGCUACCUUCUCCUUCAAGACUACAAACCAGAGCAGAUUACCAUCCUCACAACCUAUACUGGCCAACUCCACUGUCUUCGCAACAAUAUGCCAGCUAAGCAGUUUGCAGGUGUCAAAGUGCAUGUAGUAGACAAGUACCAGGGAGAAGAGAAUGACAUUGUAUUGUUGUCACUAGUCCGUAGCAACCGACAGGGUAAAGUUGGCUUUUUGAACAUUUCCAAUCGUGUCUGUGUAGCUUUGUCACGUGCCAAGAAAGGUCUCUACUGCAUAGGCAACAGUCUGAUGCUGAACCAAGUCAAACUGUGGAGCAAAAUCUUCCACACCUUGAGGGAGAAGGACCAGGUUGGGAAAGCUCUGACUCUGUGCUGUCAAAAUCAUCCAGAUCGACAGGUAAACGCAUCAUCUGCUGAAGAUUUCAAACAAGCACCUGAGGGAGGCUGCACCCAGCCUUGCCAGUUCCGUCUGGAAUGCGGCCAUGUUUGUCCUAGAGUCUGUCAUCCAUACGACCCAGAGCACAAGAAGUAUAAGUGUGACAAGAAGUGUGAGAAGAUUAUAUGUGAUCGGGGACACAGAUGCACACUUGUGUGUUAUAAAGAAUGCCCGAAGAAAUGUCCAGUGAAAGUUGAGAAGAUCAUACCCAAGUGUCAACACAAACAAAUGGUUCCUUGUCACCAGGACCCAGAAACAUUUACAUGUCAGGAGCCUUGCCAGAAGCUGCUCAGCUGUGGACAUCAAUGUGAUUCAGUCUGUGGGUCACCAUGCACCAAUGAAUGCAAGGUGAAAGUCAUCUUAAAACUUAGGUGUGGACACAUCAAGCAAGAUGCAUGCUUUUACAGAACAUGUAUAGAUGAGGCUGAAUGUACGAUCCCGUGUGAGCACCAGCUAAAAUGCGGACAUGCUUGCCGUGGUACAUGCAGCCAGUGUUAUCAGGGACGCUUCCACUUUCACUGUGUUCACAAAUGUGAACGUCUCCUUAUCUGCUCUCACAAGUGCGACGUACCUUGCACCCGCGAUUGCCCCCCUUGUCAGAGGCAUUGUGAGAACUUCUGUGUCCACAGUAAGUGCAUGAAGCCAUGUGGGCAGCCCUGCGCUCCUUGUAUUGAGCCCUGUGAGUGGCAGUGUGCUCACCAUCGGUGCAGGAAGCUUUGCCAUGAGCCAUGUGAUCGCCCGCCAUGCACCCAACCCUGCAACAAGACCCUGACUUGUGGCCACCCAUGCAUUGGACUAUGUGGAGACAAAUGUCCAAGCAAAUGCCGCAUCUGUAACCAUGAUGAAGUCACAGAGAUUUUCUUUGGCACUGAAAGUGAGCCUGACGCAUGCUUCAUUCAGCUGGAGGACUGUGGUCACAUCAUUGAAUACACAGCGAUGGACAUAUACAUGGGUUUGGAUGACAACCAGGCAAACGAAGGUGAGCAGGUGGCCAUAAAAUUAAAGGAAUGUCCCAGGUGUCGUACGCCGAUCCGAAAGAAUGUGCGCUACGGAUCUCAGAUCAACCGCAGUCUGAAAGAGAUAGAGAUGGUAAAGGAGAAGAUAAAUGGACAGCAGCCAGAUAUUGAAAAACAGAGAAACGCACUUCUAACUCAGUGGAAGGAAAACCUUCGAACCUAUGAAAUGCAUGACCAAAUUGAAUAUCUGCAUAUCAAAACCAGACUGGAAAAAUCCUGCCUCACAGCAAAUGAUCUAUGGGUAGUGGAAAACAAGAUGGAUUUCCUAAUAAGAAUUAAGAAGAUACUGAAGCUUGUGAAGAACAACGUGUUAUUUCUGGAUGGCUACAGGUUCAAGAAGAAGGUUAAAGAGUUUGUGUGUUGGCUCACUAACCACCACCAAAAAUUCACAGAGCAGCAGGUAUUUGAUUUGCAGAGAGAGCUGCAGCGACUCAACCUCCUUGCUGAACUCAAUGCCCGUUGCCAUUACGCAAAUGAGAGGGACCUCACAGAAAAGAUUCAAUCAGAAGUACAAAAAAUAAGAGACGUUUUGGAAAUGUGUGGUCAAUUCACUGAGCAAGAUCAACAGAGAGUGAAAGAAGCAAUGAAGGAACUAGACAAGAAGGUUCCACUCAAGGGCUUGGGGAUCAGUGACGAGGAAAGAAAAAUGAUUGUGUCAGCAAUGAAGAUGCAACCUGGACACUGGCACAAAUGUCCAAACGGCCAUGUCUAUGUUAUCACAGAGUGCGGAGGGGCUAUGGAGAGCCGGACUUGUCCUGAUUGUGAUGCUACUAUUGGCGGGCACAGCCAUAGACUUGCAAGCGGCAACCAAGUUGCCUCAGAGAUGGAUGGGGCACAGCACACUGCUUGGUCUGAAGCCAAUAACCUUCUAAACUUUGAUCAACUUGACUUCUAAACGCUGUUUUAGAAAAGCCCGUUGUCUUCUUUCCAGCCUUGAGUCUUAGCUGGAACACCUAUGAGUGACAACAAAAGCCAUUAUACUCAAUAUAAAAAAAUUAAAAGAAGAUAACAUAAUUUUUAGUUUUACUUUAUGUCAUUUCAGCCACCUAAGAGAUGGAUAGGGCAGAGAACAUUUCAUUAGACCAUAUUCUUCUUGCAUGAAUUUAAGCUUUUGAAACAUUUUCUUGAAAAUGCUGAUUUUACUAGCACUGGCAAUCAUCUACUAUAUUUGUAUAUCAUCAAAUCUGUUUUUCCACCUUCUGUUAUGAAUUGAUGUCACACAGUAUUGCUGUUUUUAAACAUAGUGGGUGGUGGUUUAUUUUUAAGUGCUUUAUAAGUUACAGAAUAGGUGUUAGCUUUUAAUGCUAGACUUGGUGACUGUAAACCUUUGGCAUUGUGUGUUCAGUAGUCCAUCAAGUAAUAGUUGUACCAUGCCUUAGCAAUAGGUGGCAGUAAAACACUGUAAAAUAAGAGUAACCGCUUGAUAGUAACUAUAAUUGCUGCUUGUUCAUAUGAGAUUAAAAUAGCUGGAGAUACAA